UUAUUUGCAUGUACCACUCCUUUCUCUGCGCGUAUUUAUCGACGCUGCAGACGUGACUUGGGAUGAAAACGGAUACAUUCUGUACUGCCCGUGCAUGGGUCGGGUUGGAAACCAGGUGGAUCAUUUUCUUGGGUCACUGGCUUUUGCUAAAAUGCCGAACCGAACACUCGCGAUUCCGCCGUGGAUUGUUUACCGCCAUCACUCGCCACCUUUUCAAAAUGUGCAUGUCCCUUACAGUGAGUAUUUCCAGUUGGAGCCAGUGAAGCAGUACCACCGUGUGGUGAGUCUAGAGGACUUCAUGGAGCACUUGGCUCCUAAGCACUGGCCUCCUGGUCAGAGAGUGGCCUACUGCUUUGAGUCUGCAGCUCACAGGAGCAUGGACAAAAAGAGCUGUCCGAUGAAGGACGGAAAUCCUUUUGGUCUGUUUUGGGACCAUAUUGGAGUCAAUAUCGAUCGCUCUGUUCUUUUCGGAGGACUGUCAUUCAGCUCCUACUACCAGCCGCACUGGAUAAAGAGGUUUCCCCCAAAAGAGCAUCCAGUUCUCUCUCUUCCAGGAGCCCCAGCACAGUUCCCUGUACUGGAGGAGCACACUGGACUGCAGGAGUAUGUGGUGUGGUCUGAAAACAUGGUACAGGAAGGAGAAGGUCACAUCAGAAGUCUGCUAAACAGACCUUACCUUGGAAUUCAUCUGAGGAUCGGCUCAGAUUGGCAAAAUGCCUGCAAGCUUCUGAAGUCAGGUGAUACUGGUCCUCACUUCAUGGCAUCUCCACAGUGUGUGGGAUACGACCGUCGAACUGCCCUGCCGCUGACCAUGACCAUGUGUUUACCAGAUCUGUCUGAGAUCUGCCGUGCGGUGAAGCUCUGGGUGAAGAACAUCUACGCUCAGUCAGUUUACAUAGCCACCGACUCUGAAUCGCACACCGCAGAGAUUCAGAAACUCUUCAAGGGCAAGGUGAAGGUCGUGAGCUUGCAGCCGGACACUGCUCAAAUUGACCUGUAUAUCCUCGGCCAGGCCGACCACUUCAUCGGCAACUGUGUUUCGUCCUUCUCAGCCUUUGUUAAAAGGGAGAGAGAUGUUCAUGGGAGACCCUCGUCAUUCUUUGGGAUGGACUACCCAGGAAAAAGGAAAGGAAAAGAGGAACUCUAAUGAAAUGGAGAUGUUAUGUUUUUGUAACUGUGAAGGCUGGUUGAAGUUUUGCAUGUUUCAGGUCUAUGGUUACAUUUUGAACAAGAACAUUUGGAUAUAGGCUUUAAGUAAUUAAAUGAAGGGAGAACAAGAAAGUUAAUUCCAUUUCUUUGGAUGCUGCAUUUCUCCCAUGUUGCACUACUACAUUUACUGUGAGAGCAACCAUGGUAUCUUUAUAUCAUUGAUAUUUUUGUACUACUGGCUCAUUUGCAUUAUUUGAGGAUGUAAAAACUGCCCCCUGUGAGGGUUUAGUGAUUAGAG